AUGCUGCGGUUAGUCCUGUUCCUCCUACUGGUGGCAUCCAGCCGCUGUGCCAGGAUCUUAGCUGUCUACCCGGCGCCGUGUUACAGCCACCAACAGGCGUUUCGUCCGUUAACACUGGAAUUGGUGAGGCAAGGACACCAGGUCACAGUUAUAACUCCCUUCCCAGCAUACGACGGUAACCCACCAGCCAACCUCACAGAAAUUAAUAUAUACUCCGCCAUAGAAACCAUCGCGAACAGGAUUCUAGAUGACGAAAUCAAAGACGCUAAAGACAUUCUGUCGCAACAGAAGAUCAGCUUCAAAGGAGCGAAGGACGUGAUGGAUCUACUGUUUCUUGAACUAAAAGAUUUUAUCAAUAGUGGAGAGAAAUUCGAUCUUAUACUAACAGAAGCUUGCGUAAGAUUGACUAUGGUCUUCUCUCACGUGUUCAAAGCACCAUUGAUACAGAUCAGCUCGUUCGGUGGUACCUUCGAUACGUUCAGCAUAGUUGGGGCUCCCAUCCACCCACUUCUAUACCCACUAGCGACUCGUGAGCACUUCAAAAAUCUGAGCAUGGUGGAGAAAGUUAUGGAGGCUUAUAAGCACUAUCAGUUUAUCAAAUUGUAUUAUGAUCUCGAGAGUGUUGAAGAUGAAGUGGCGAGGAGGCAUUUCGGAGAAGACUUCCCGUCGAUACGAGAGUUGACUAAGAAUGUGGAGAUGAUCUUUUUGAACGUGCAUCCGAUAUGGGACUCCAAUAGGCCGGUGCCUCCGAAUCUUAUUUAUUUGGGAGGGCUGCAUUUGCAGAAGGAGAAGCAGCUGGCGAAGGAAUUGAAGUCCCUCCUCGACAUAUCCAAUGGUACUAUAUACAUGAGCUUUGGAAGUACUGUCCGGUCCGUUGUUCUCAGCGAGGAGAAAAUUAACACAUUUCUGAGGGUACUUUCGAAAUUGCCGUACACCGUGCUGUGGAAAUGGGACGGACACGUGGACAAUGUCCCCAAUAACGUCAUAGUGAGAAAAUGGUUUCCGCAAGCUGAUUUAUUGAGACAUACGAAGCUAAAGCUGUUCAUAACGCAAGGUGGUCUCCAAUCUAUAGACGAAGCGAUCGAUGCUGGAGUCCCAAUGGUGGGAAUCCCCAUAGUCUGGGACCAAUGGUAUAACGUGGAUAAGAUCGUGGAACUGGAGAUCGGAGUCAUGUGCAACAUACGAAGUGUCACGGAGGACGAAUUUGAAACUGCCAUAGAGACGGUUAUCAGCGAUACGAGGUUUCGCGAAAACAUAAGAAGAAUCCGCGCUGUAAUCAACGACCAACCACAGACUUCACUAGACCGAGCCGUGUGGUGGGUAGAACACGUGAUAAGACAUAAAGGCGCGAAAUAUUUGAAGUCUCCCGCCUUCGACAUGAGUUCCACAGAUUAUUUCGAAGUUUAUUUGCUUUUGUCUGUGGUUCUUAUAGUUUUAAUUCUUGUAUCUAUGUUUGUUGCUUAUGUCAAAUAUUGUCUUUCAAGCAGUGGGAAAUAUAAAUUAGAAUAA